AUGCUAUUAUUCAUAUUUUUAAACAUAAUAUCUAUUUCUAGUUAAUCAAUUAAGAUAGGAGAGAAGUGUUAAUGUAGUCAAUUAUUAAUUCAAAACGACUGCCAAAAGAUUUCAUCAUGUUAUUGGGAUAAUUAAUUGAUGUAAUGUAAAACAUCAAUAGAUGUUUACUCUUAGAAGUAUUUACUUGAGAAUAUAAAUGAAAUGAAAGAGAACAGAGCGUAUUCCUUCUAUUGUAAUCAAAUGACUUAAGAACAAUGUAGAAAGGAGUCUUCAUGUAUAUGGUUUAAGGAAUAGUGCACUCAUUUUACAGGAUGCUCUGCCUACAUGAGAGAGACUCACGAGGAGUGUUAGAGAUUAUCAAGAUUAUGUGUAUCAGAUUCUGAAAUGUGUGUGAGUAUUGAUAAUUGUAGUACUUAUAAAAAUUCAUAUUCCUGCUAAUACGAUAAAUAAGGGAAGUAUUGCAAUUGGGAUAAGGUUAAACGUCAAUGUGAGAGUGCUUGGUAGUGUGAUCAGUUACCUUAGGUAUUAAAAACACAUUAGGAAUGCCAAAGUCAGCUAGAUAAUUGUACUACAAAGAAAGGAGGUGGGUGUAUAGCAUUGACUUAUUAAUGCUAUGAUUUAAUGUAGGAAGAGUCAUGCCACACCAAUAGUGGAAAAAAUAAGGAUUGUUUUUGGAAUGGCAAUAAGUGUUUAGAAAGAACAUGUGAUAAUGCAUCCAACACCUUAAGGAGUGAUGAAGAAUGUAAGUAAUUCUUAGCUGAGUGUACAACUAAAUAAGGAGGAGGAUGUGUUUAAAGAUCAAAAUGUUAAGAUGCUUAAGUGGAAGAGGCAUGCGUUGUUAAUUAAUAUGGGGAAGGGUGUGUAUGGAAUGGAGGUAAGUGUAUGGAUAAUCUAUGUGAAAAUGCACCUCCAACAUAUACUACUUAUGAACAGUGCCAAAGUAUACACAAAAUCUGUAUUACGAAUGGCAAUGGUUGUAUAACUAAUUAUGGUUGUGAGUUUGCACUUUCUGAGUAAUAUUGUUACAAAGAUGGUGAAGACAAUGAAUGUUUAUGGAGAGAUAAUCAUUGCAGAAGAAAAUAAUGUUAAUAAGCUGGAGACACUUAUUUAGGACAUGAGUAAUGUGAAUCUUUUAUGUUCCUGUGUACUGGAAAUAUAGAUUCAAGAGGAUGUGUUGAGAAGACUUGUCAGAAUGCUCCACUAAAAUUCAGCACAAAUUAGGAAUGUGAGUCUUAUUUACCUAACAAUUAGUGUAUCACCAAAAAAGGAGGAGGUUGUAGAAAAAAUGUGGUUUGUGUUUAUAUAGAUACUGAAGAAGCUUGUAAGAUAGAUUCUCUCGGUUCGACUUGUUUUUGGAAUUAUUAGGAAAAUAAAUGUCAAAAGGUCACUGCAUGUUAGAGCAUUCUAAAUUAGAAGGAUUGCAUUAAGGACAACAAUAAUGAAGCAUGUGAUUGGAUAUCAUCUAAUAAGUGUGUUUAAAAGACUUGUGAUACAGCUCCAUUGCAACUUAUAAGUGAAAAAUAAUGUUAAGAGUACUUUAAACCAUUGAAUGGGACAGUGUGUACAUCUAAAUUAAAUGGAGGAUGCAAGAAUAAAAGUAGUUGUCAAAAUCAAUAGACUUAAGAGUCUUGCAAUGUGGAUAACUAAGGAAAUCAAUGUUUUUGGAAUGAUACACUUAAAUUAUGUAAGUUAAAGGAAUGCAAUGAUAUUCAGAGUAAUUCAUUCUAGGAAUGUUUCUCAUUUAAUAAAAAUUGUACAAUUGGGUUGAAUGGUCGUUGUGUUCCAUUAAGAUAGUGUAAUGAAAUUGGCAAUAAAUAUGAAUGUAUUUUUGGAUAAGAUGGACCAUGUUUAUGGAUUGAUAAUUAUUCUACUAAUGGAGGUAAAUGUUUUCAAUACAAUUCUUGUUCAAGUAUAAAAUGGAAAACGGAUAGAGAGUGUAAACUUAUUUCCAAUUAUUGUACUACAAAUGGUUAUGAAUGUGUUCCCAUUACAAAAUGUUAAGAAACCAAUAUUAGUGGUGGGUGUGUUACAGGAAUUGAAGGAAUGUGCAUCUAAUCUGUUACAGCCCUAGGAGCUUUGGAACAACCGAAAUGUUAAAUAUUCUUACAUUGUAGUCAAGCCUAUUAUGUGACUCAUUAAGAAUGUCAGAGAGCAAAUCCAUAAUGCACAACAAAUGGAAUCACAGGUUGUAGAUCAUUGACAUCUUGUGAUUAUUAUGUUGAAGAGGGUUGUCAUUUUAACAAUGCUGGAAUAGAGAGAAAUGAAAGAAAUUAGGUUAUUUCAACUGGUAAUUGUGUUUGGGAUAGUCAAUAUAAUAUAUGUAGAAAUGAGGAUUGUAAAGAUAUGAAAUUUAAGACUCGAGAAGAAUGUUAAGGUGCAUUAUAAUCUUGCACUUCAGAUGGGUAGAAAUGUAUAAGUAAAAUGAUGUGUGCUGAUUAUCACAAUGAAGAGUUAUGUAACUAUGCUUAAGGAAUGGAAGGAUCUUGUAUUUGGAAAUAAUAGCGUUGUCAAUAGAAAACCUGUUCAGACAUCAUUUCACAGUGUGAAGAAGUUGAUAAUUGCAUUUCAGAUGGGAUCAAGUGCAUUCCCAAAAGAAAUUGUUCUGAAUACAAGAAUCAAGUUUCAUGCAAUUCUAUUGGUUUAGAUGGUCUAUGUUAUUGGGACUCUACCAUUAAUUAAUGUCAUUUGAUGAGUGGAUGUAGUUCUGCCAAUCACGAUUAAAUUGCAUGUCAAUAAGCAAAUGAUAGAUGUUAUUGGCAACCUAAAACUCACAAUGAGCCAAGUCAAUGCAAAGAGCAUACUUGUUCCUCAUUUGAAAGUCAAAGUGGAGAAUGCUCACAUUAUCUAACUUGGGAUUGGCAAUCUUACAAUAUUUGUAGAUUUGUUUCUUUUAAAUGCAUGAAUUUUGAUGUGAAGUCUUUGACUGAACAUACUUGUUUAUUGUAUUCUUUGGAACUCUACAAAUGGAAUCCUAUCAGUUCUGCCUGUACUGAAUGUGACACGGGAGAGACCAAUUAGGAUCCUAAUCGAUCACCCAUCCCAUAAGGACAAGGCAUAGCAGAAAUAUUGGUUUCGAAAAUUCUAAGUACAAUCAUUAUUAUAGCUUAAAUGAUUGUUUGA